CAGCCAUAGCCUUCGACGUUUCCCUUCAGACUGGUGGUAUUUUUUCCCCUCCUGGUGAGGAACAAAAGUUGCCCAGAAUCACCUUUUGGGAUUUAUGAAGUACAUUUCAGCCUUCCUGGAUUUCCAGUAUGGAUAACAGAGACUUCAUUGUGUGUGGUAAUGGUCAGGACUGGCAAAGUUCUUGGAUACUUCUUCGGAUUUCAUUGCAAAUAUAAGAUCCCUGGGGACGUGAGUGAAUUCAGGUUUUCCUCCGGGGAGGAUUUCUAUUCCAUUUGCCAAUAAUGCAUCACAGUUACAAAUUUAAUGGCAGAUCUCAAAGUAUAUAAAAAUUUAAGCCCGGAAAAAGUUGAAAGAUGUAUGAGUGUAAUGCAGUCUGGGACUCAGAUGGUUAAAUUGAAGAAUGGUGCCAAAGGCCUUGUGCGUCUUUUUUACCUUGAUGAGCACAGAACCUGCAUUAGAUGGAGGCCAUCUAGGAAAAGUGAAAAAGCAAAAAUCAUAAUUGAUUCAAUUUACAAAGUCAGUGAAGGCCUGCAGUCGGAAAUAUUCCACCGCCAUGCCGAAGGUAACUUUGAUCCAAGCUGCUGCUUUACCAUUUAUCAUGGGAACCAUAUGGAAUCACUAGAUCUGAUCACCUCUAAUCCAGAGGAAGCUCGGACCUGGAUCACUGGACUGAAGUACCUGAUGGCUGGGAUUAGCGAUGAGGACUCUCUUGCUAAAAGACAGAGGACGCAUGAUCAUUGGGUGAAGCAGACCUUUGAGGAAGCAGACAAGAAUGGGGAUGGCUUGCUAAAUAUUGAAGAGAUUCAUCAGUUGAUGCACAAGUUGAACGUCAGCCUACCUCGGCGAAAAGUAAGACAAAUGUUUCAGGAGGCUGACACCGAUGAGAACCAGGGAACUUUAAAUUUUGAAGAAUUUUCCGUGUUUUACAAGAUGAUGUCAUUAAGACGUGACCUCUACUUGCUGCUUCUGAGCUACAGCAAUAAGAAAGAUCACCUCACUGUCGAGGAAUUCGCUCAAUUUCUGAAGGCAGAGCAAAAGGUGAAUAAUGUGACGACGGAGUAUUGUCUGGACAUCAUAAGGAAGUUUGAAGUUUCGGAAGAAAACAAGAGUCAAAAUGUUCUGGGCAUAGAAGGUUUUACCAACUUUAUGCGUAGCCCUGCUUGUGAUGUGUUUAAUCCGCUACACAGUGAGGUGCAUCACGAUAUGGAUCAGCCUCUUUGCAAUUAUUACAUUGCUUCUUCUCACAACACAUAUCUAACUGGAGAUCAGCUUCUGUCUCAGUCUAAAGUUGAGAUGUAUGCUCGAGUCUUACAAGAUGGUUGCCGGUGUCUUGAAGUUGAUUGCUGGGACGGUCCAGAUGGGGAACCGGUUGUGCACCAUGGUUAUACUCUUACUUCCAAAAUCCUGUUUAAAGAUGUAGUGGAAGUGAUCAACAAAAAUGCCUUUACCAAAAACGAGUUUCCGGUUAUAUUGUCUAUUGAAAAUCACUGCAGUAUUCAACAGCAAAAGAAAAUUGCUCAGUACCUCAAGGAGAUUUUCGGUGACAAACUGGAUUUGUCUUCUGUGAGCACUGGAGAUUCCAAGCAGCUUCCCAGUCCUCAGAGUUUGAAAGGCAAAAUCCUAAUCAAGGGUAAAAAACUACCUUUUAGCCUUGCUGCAGAUGCUGAGGAAGGGGAAGUUUCUGAUGAAGACAGUGCUGAUGAAAUCGAAGAUGACUGCAAGUUAAAGCUUUCCUAUAGCAACGGCACUACUGAACACCAAAUAGAAUCUUUUAUAAGGAAGAAACUUGAAUCUUUGAUAAAGGAAUCUCAGAUUCGGGAUAAAGAAGAUCCUGACAGCUUCACUGUGAGGGCACUGUUAAAAGCAACCCACGAGGGCCUAAAUGUGAACCUGAAACAGAACUCUGACAUGAAAGAUGCCAACAAGAAGUCACAUAGUAGACUAAUGAGCAACUUCGGUAAACAUAAGCAGAAAGCAGUUAAACCGAGGUCCAAAUCUCAUAGCACAUCUGAUGAUGAGGAUUCUCAACAAAACUGUUCUGGAAAGGAAUCUGGACAGCUGUGCAGUAGGUUGGGUCGACGGAGAAAAACGAUGAAGCUGUGUCGUGAUCUUUCUGAUUUGGUAGUGUACACAAAUUCUGUGGCGGCUCAAGACAUUGUUGUUGAUGGAUCUUUUGGGAACGUGUUGUCCUUCAGCGAAACGAGAGCUCACCAGGUUCUACAACAGAAAGCAGAGCUGUUUAUGCUUUAUAACCAGAAACAACUCACCAGAAUUUAUCCAUCUGCAUAUCGAAUCGACUCCAGCAAUUUCAACCCUUUACCAUAUUGGAAUUCUGGUUGCCAGCUGGUGGCAUUAAACUACCAGUCCUGUGGCCGUUUGAUGCAGUUGAAUCAAGCCAAAUUCAGAAUGAAUGGCAACUGUGGCUACAUCCUGAAACCUCAACAGAUGUGCAAAGGUACAUUUAAUCCAAACUCAGCAGAUCCACUUCCAGCUCUCCCUAAGAAGCAACUUAUACUCAAAAUUAUCAGUGGGCAGCAGCUACCGAAACCUCCAGAUUCCAUGUUAGGAGACAGAGGAGAGAUAAUCGAUCCAUUUGUUGAAGUGGAAAUUAUCGGGUUACCAGUUGACUGCUGCAAAGACCAGACCAGAGUUGUAGAUGACAAUGGGUUUAAUCCUGUUUGGGAAGAAACUCUCACUUUCACUGUCCACAUGCCUGAAAUAGCAUUAGUUCGGUUUCUGGUUUGGGAUCAUGACCCAAUUGGACGAGACUUUGUUGGACAAAGAACUGUGGCUUUCAGCAGCCUGAUGCCUGGCUACCGUCACGUUUAUUUGGAGGGACUGACUGAAGCCUCUAUAUUUGUCCACAUAACCAUCAAUGAAACUUAUGGAAAGUGGAGUCCCUUAAUCCUCAACCCCAGUUAUACUAUCAUGCACUUUCUAGGAGCCACAAAGAACAAGCAGCUGAUAGGACUCCGAGGGCUUUUUAACAAGAACCCCAAACAUAAUUCAGUGGAAAACAGCGGUCACUACGUUCGGAAAAGAUCGAUUGGGGAUCGACUUCUGCGACGCACAGCCAGUGCUCCAGCAAAAGGCAGGAAGAAGACCAAACUGGGUUUUCAGGAAGCCACUGAUCUUAAAGAGAGUGUACCUGAGGCAAGGGAUUUGAAACCCAGGGAUGGGGUUUUAAGACGUACCAGCAGAAGUUUACAAGCACGUCCCAUAUCUAUGCCAGUUGACAAAUACCUUUUAGUGGGUUUACAAUCAGAGGAUCAAGAAGCGACUAAAGCUGAAAAUACCUCUGAAAGCAAAAAUAAUACAAGCAAAGAGCAAAUGAAUGUAAAAGAAGCAGUGUCUUCUUGCAUUGAGAAAGUUUCAUCUUUUACAAAGUGUGCAUCUCCGCCUAAGGAGGUUGCUUCCAAGACUGGUCGCUGUGCAACUUCCCCUGUAUUUGAAAAACCAGCAUGCAUAGACUUCGGAAUAGCUGAAACCUAUUUCUCUACCGAGUAUUGGAAAAGUAAUAUUUCCCGUGAGACUCUUCAUCCAAAAGAGGGACUUGAGAAAGAAAAAAAUGAAGCCACGUAUUGUAUGCCUCAAAAGACAUCUAAGGAUGCUGUAUUAUACAAUGAAGAGAACAAGUCCGUAUCAGGAAUUCCUGUUCCUCGAGAAGAGCAUGAUACUGAGAAGUCUCAUAUCGUUGUCCAUAGUGCUAGAAGUACUUUAGCUGAUAUAUCUGCUGUUACAUGUGAUUAUGUCAACAACUUUCAUUCCACACAAGCCAUGCAGGAUGGUGACAUUUCAUACCUUAUUAAUGAGGUCUCUUUGACUAAUGAGAGCGAUGUGGGUAGUUCUGUCUCAGCCCUGAUAGACCAGUUUGAUGUUACAGAUAAGCAAACUAAUUUAACACUUGGUUCAAGUUCUCCUGGCACAAACAAAACGAUCAGUAGUGUGAAGUCUGUAUUUCUAUCACCUAUAUUACCAAGUGAUCCACAUACAACGUUUGACCCCACGGCUCCCAGAAAAACUGAUGAUGUGUCAUCAUAUUUAACAUCACAAGUGACUUCGUGCUCCAGCCCAGAAACAACCGAAUGUUCUCUCUUUACAAUUGUCCAUGAGGCCUCUCUUUCGCCAUCUUCCAGUCAAGAAACAGCAGGCAAGCUUGCUUGUAAGGAUAUAGCACACUGUGUAGGAGAUACUUGUGCAGUACUUUCUUGCCUUCCACCUGCUGGUGAACUAAAAGCAAACCCCAAAAGGAAAUGUGGGACAAACUGGGACUCUCUUGGUAAUAGCACCUCCUGCCUUUCUGACAAUUCAGACUUAGAGGACGCUACGGUUGUCCCUUUCACAUGCGUGAAUUCUACAGGAAGCAGUCUAAUGGAAGUGGAUGGAGAACUACAAGAUCUCUUGAUAACUACAUAUGAAUAUAAAAGAGAAGAUAUGAGCCAGCUUGCUUCUCCUAUGAAACUCAAGUCUAAUCAUGAUAUUCUGACCUACCAAGAGAGACUGGGUCAGAAUAUAAACAGGGAGAAACUCUACAGUGCUCACAUAGGUGAGGCUAUCAAGUGUAGGAGUGAGAACAGUCAACAUUUUCCUCCUUCAGAAUAUCAGAGGGUUUCUCUUACAUACAAAAAUUAUUUGCAAAUCCCAGAUACACAAAACAACUCCUUAGGCAUCUCUCAAAGACCUAACAUGGACUCCACUCCUAUGUCCUGGAAUGCUUUACCGUAUACUUCUACUGCUCCAAAACAGCCAAGUCCUUGCAAAUCCAAAAGUCUUGGAGACUUAACCUCAGAAGAUAUAUCCUGCAAUUUUGAAAGCAAGUACAAGUACAUUAGUAGAGGUUUUAUUACAUCUGGCAUGAGAGACAAGAUGGUGGCAGCUCUGAAGGCAAAGAAACCACAGUCUUCAGAUUCUCUGUCAGAACAGCUGCGAAAACUAUUGUCUUUUGAUCAAGAAGAUGGUCGGCAGUCAUUUUGUUCUAAGCAGAAUGACGAUUGCCCUAAAAUGUUGGUCCGAAAGCUGUCAUCUAGGAGUCAGAGCAGAGUGCGUAACAUCGCCAUUCGUGCCAAGGAACGGCAAGAAGCCAACAAGCAAAAACUUUCCAAUGCUAGCAGCAAUGUAACAGGGGUAGUACUUAGAAGUAAGCCCUCUGUAUCUCCACACAUGAUCAAUAGACAUUCCACUGGCUCUUACAUUGCAAGCUACCUGAACAACUUCAGUGCAGAAGAUCUGGAAGGCCGAGGUGUCCCAGAAGGUGCAUGUACGUCUUUGCACUAUGGGUAUAAUGACCGGUUUUAUACAGAUGAUUCUCUUCUGGAAACAAAGCCAAGUGAUGAUGACAAACCAGAAAUUUAUUUCCUUCUGAGACUGUAAAUUGUAUAAAUGUAUAUCUUCAUUGUUUACACGCUUUCUCACUGAAUUGUUAUCAGUAAACAGUGCAGCCAUUAGCAUUUAAAUUACUCAGAAAUGCAUUUUUUCUUCUCCUGUUUUGCAUCUUGCCAUGAAUUUAUGUCUCCAUUUCUUUCAAAGUGUGUGUAAAUAGAAGCUGUAAAACUUUACGUAUCUGUACUUCCCUGUUUUGAAAACAUAAGGCAUUAGUCAAGGUGUGGUUGUUUGCAUGCAGUCAUGAUGUCCUGUAUUUGAAAUAUAUAUACAACCAACAGUUACCAACCAAAAGUUGCAGACUUUUUUCCCCUGUUUACCCAAAUCACUUAGCUACAUUUAGGACUUUUUACAAGGGUCUGUCUUAUGGCCACUAUGAUUAAUUAUUUUUUUUUACCACUAGUUAAAUUUUUUUUUGCAAUUACAGAAACUGUUAAGAAAGUGUCCUUGGAAAACUGCUGUAAUUGCUUUGUUUUACCAGAUGAUCAUAAUAUCAAAAAUGAUAGGAAACUAAGUGGUGUGCAAAGGUAAAAGCAAAAGUCAGAUCCAUUCUGUAGACUUAUGAUCUGUAAACUGAACAGGUAAUGAAACUGAAUAUAAAUUUUACACUCAGCAUUGUUUAUUUGUCUUUUGAAAUUUCAAAUGCAGAUUCUAAUAUUUAAAGAAAUAAUUGUAAGACACCCCCCCCCCCCAAGUCAAGUGGCCAUUGUGGGUUUUCUAGGCUGUGUGGCCACGGUCUGGUGUUUUUUGCUCUUAAUAUUUCACCUGCAUCUAUGGCUGGCCUCUUCAGAGAAUGUCACACAGUGAGAUGUGUUUUCAAAAGAUGUCAACCAUAGGUGCGGGUGAAAUGUUAGAAGCAAAAACAGUCAGGCAACAACCAUGCAGCCUAAAAUCCCUAGAACAGUCAGUUGAUUCCAGCUGUGAAAACCUUUGACAGUACAUCAAGGCCAGAAGAUUUAAAAUGCCUUCGUUGCUGAUAUAAGGAAACACUGCCAAUUUCAGUGGCACAUUUAAUUUGGUUCAUAUAUAGAGUAUCUGAUAACCACCUGGACCAUCAUGUGAAGGAAUUGGACCAGCAUGUGAAGGAGCUACCUUUUUUUCCCUCCAGUGUUACCACCUGUUCUGCAUGUGUAGUGGCAAUCAUACCCCACUGAAAAGAAAGAAAAUGAUCCACUGUUCACACAAAGAUAUCUAGUGCAUGCAGAUCCUUGAAGACUUUUGCAUCAUGCAUUCUAUUUCACUUGCUUGCUGGAUUUUUUUCCCCCAUCUGGAUUUUUCAAGAGCUCCAAUCUGCAUUGUCAGUUUAUAUCACUAAGACUGGUCGUGGUUUUAUAUCCUGUGAUCUCCGUGCCCUGUGAACAUUUGGUUGAUUUGAAACCAACAUGGUUGAUAAAAUGUCCUGCUAUACACUAGAGUAGCUGUCUUAGAUGAAUGCCUUCUAAAGUGCUGUUGAGGUACUGCCUUCUCCAUUUGGGUGCGUGGCUGUGCAAAUUAUCUGUUCCUGGGGGACUACAGGGUUUGCUCCAGUCAUCAACAAUGAAUUAAGGACAAGCUCUUUUUUAAUUUGUGCUAAAAGAAAAUGUUUGUUUUCUGUGAUUAGAACAGCCCUGUAGCAGCAUCUAGUGACAGAAAUCAAACACUGAAAUCUAAUAAAAAGCAUGGAAAAUCUGACUUUCCUGUGUUUCCCCCAUUCCUGAAAGGGAAGUUAACUUUUUAAAGCGUACAGGAAUUCACUUUAGUCCAGUGUAGAUGAAACCUUCCCUGUCUCUGAACUAUACUUCACAGUCUUCCUUUUUUCUUGUCCAUUCUGGCUGCUAAUGAAUCUAUUUAUUAUUACUCAUGGUUGAAGGUGAUAGGGAAAGGAGUUUGUAGGAAAAGAGAGAAAGAAGGAUGGUCCCAAGCUGGAAAGGCAACCCUAUGAGUGUAUCCUACAAAAACACACUCAAUUCAUUAUCAUCUGGACACUUGUCCCACAGCAGUUUUAACAUUUUUUGGCCUCUCCAUUAAUUAUGAAUCUUAAAAUGAGCAUCAGUGAGACAAGGAAAAAUUAUCAGGGAAGAGAGUGUGUUCUGCAUUCCCUCUCCUUCAGUUGUAUAAGUAAUUAAAAUGGCGGGAACAAACUGAUACAUAGCUAAGCCAUAUUUGGUCUACAUGUAACAGAAAAAAAUAUCUACGCUUUUACCAUCCUGUAAUUUUGAGACAAGGGCUUUUCAAUUUAAUUCUCAAAAAAAGUGAUUUUUGUUUAUAAAAAAGGAAGUCUUCCCUGCAGAAUAAUACAGCUUUGUUAAGGGGGAUUGUUUGGAUGUUGUGAGUUUUUCAAGUUGUAUGGUCAUGUUCUAGUAGUCAUGUUCACGAUUUUGCAAAACAAGACAGUAAAAGGAACCAGAGCAGGCUGGGUGGCAAGGUCAAGAGAGCGAGGAGCUGCUAGCCCACCAGGUUUCUGUCCUCUUUGGCAGGGGAAGGUACGCGAUGGCGUUGCGAGGGGCCAGAGCUCUCUUCUGACCCCUCUGCUGUCUUGCUGAAUGGUGGCACGGAGCGGACCUCUUGCGCUGACCGUGAUUCCAUCCUAGGUCAGUCUGGUGAGGCCUAGAACACGCAGUUCAAAAGGAAAGGAAGCAGGAUCGGUCCAACCAGCAGUGUGAGGAGCAGAACUUGUGAGCGGGGCAGGGGUAGGCUGUGUGUUUGUGUGCGAGAACCCACAAAUGGCUUCAGAAGCUGCAGAGAAAGCAGAAGUGGGCAAAGGAGGCAGACUGUCCUGCCCCCAAACCCCCUCAGCCCUUGGCAACAGAAGCUGGCCGUGAGCCCCUCGCCCCCUUGACCAAGGCUCGGAGGGCCAGCUGGCUGUCCUUCGUCCACAGCUGUGGCCAGAUGCAGGUGAAACAUCGGGAGAAAGUACUACUGGAACACAGCCAUACAACCCAAAAAACUCACAACAUCCUAGUGAUUUCAGCUGUGAAAGCCUUCAACAAUACAGGAAAUGUUUGGUUUGUAUGAUUUUUUUUUGUUCACUGUAAAAGACAUGUACCUUUUACUGCCUCUUUUUUUUUGUAAUACAGGACAUUAUUUGUAUCCAUGGAAGAGCAACAUUAAAACACAUUUUUAAGCA